AUGGCUUUAGAUUCUUAUCAGUCUGAACUCCUUACAAUCUUGGACUCUAAACCCAAUCCGAAGGCUCUUUAUUGGGAUAAUGACUUAAUGACGCCUGUCAACCUUAUUAUAAGUUAUUCCUUGCUCCAAGAGCAUGGUGUCUCAAACACAUAUGUGAUAAAGACUUCUAACAACGUUAUACCUCCACCUAAUGUCAAAUCCGUUAUUUUUAUUGUUCGACCCGAUCUUAAGCUGGUGGACUCAAUUCAGUCAUUUGUUGUUCAAGAAACAACUGGCAAAUCAAAUUCUCGCGAAUAUCAUAUCAUUGCAAUCCCUCGAUUCUCUUUGGUCUGCAGAAACUAUUUAAAGGAAAAAAAAUCCAUUACACGAUUUUUAUCCAUUAUAGAUUUUCCUCUAACCCUUUUGCCGAUAGAUACUGAUGUCAUAUCUAUGGAAAACCCUCUAAGUUUUUCGAAUCUUUGCUUACGCGAUGGUCAAAAUGAUUUGGUUUACUUUGCCCUUGGGUUGAUAAAAUUUCAGACAAUUUAUGGAUCAUUUUCACACAUUAGAGCUAAAGGGGAUAAAGCAAAGGUAAAAAAGCGUACCAAUUCUGACUGUCCUGGUCGGGUAGAGCUGCUUGUCAUUCUGGAUAGAGUCAUGGAUCCAUUAACGCCCUUACUCAGACAACUUACUUACGAAGGGUUAAUCUCUGAAAGAUUUGGCAUAAAAUAUGGAUUUACUCGGAUUCAUAAAAAUCCCAAAAGCUCCGGUGAUGAAUUGAGGCGCAUAAACCUCAAUUCCAAUGAUGAGCUUUACACUGAACUACGUGAUAAAAACUUCUCUUCUGUGGGGGCUAUACUGAAUUUGCGGUCCAGAGAAAUAUCUGCUAUAGUCAACGAGACAAGAUCUGCCAAAAACUUAGAAGAAAUUCGCAAAGUAGUUAAUCAGCUUCCAGAAAUUAGGGAGGCACGCGAAGCCCUUGAAACCCUCGAAAAUGAUCUAGUCACCUGA